AUGUCUCUUACAGGUACCUGGGCACUUGCCCCAGCAUUCGCAUGCGAAAUAACGAGCGACAUUGCCCUCGGCAAUGUCAUCGCGGAUCCUCACGCACCUGACAGUCCCCUUCAGCGGGUCAAGCCCGAAGACCUGACCGACUUUCCAACCGUCGAGGACGUAGAUGAAGGCUCCUAUCGAAUCGAGUCUGCUGACGGGUCGCCGCUGGCCUUGGGUUUAGGAGCGAGAAUUUUCCAUUCCCUGACGUUCGCAGUGUGGCACCAAAGACCUGCCAGCGACUUCGCGAACCAUAGCGCGGUGGGCGUCCGGACGCGGAAACUCGCUCCCAAUCUUCCCUGGCGUGAACUUCGCCCGUUUCUCGAACGAGAGUCAAGCCUUGCGUACCUAAUCUCUGGCAGGCCGCUUUACGUUGUCUCCGGUAUCAUGAUCGCGACGAAAUUCCGUCGGCACACCGUUAGGGAUCCGCACCGCCGGACGGAUCUUGAGUUCGGAUUUGGCGACCCUUCCUCCUCCAUGCAUCUCACGGGCAGUAUGGGAACCUCUAGCCCCAAGAUCAAGAGCGUCAACGCCGACCUCAGCAAUAUUCUCUUUGCGUAUCGACUGCACAAGGUUACUCUGGGGCCCGGGCCCCAGGAACCGCAGAUCCAAGCGCAAGUGAGCCGUUCGCUGGCAGCUUUUGCGUCUAUCCAUCACGACAGGUCCAACAAUCGUGAGGGGGGGCAGGAAGAGGAGGGAGAGACUGGAAGUGGUGGCGGUGGUGGAGGAGAUGCCAUUUGUUUUGUCGAGAUGACCUGCGAAGACUGGCGCGGCCAUCAUUUCCAGAUCUUGCCAUCUGUGCGGGAGGAGACCGAGACCCAGAUCGAGACUGGCGACUAG